AUGAAUUUUGGAAAUCGUACACCAACCAUUGUUGUUUUAAAAGAAGGCACUGAUUCCUCUCAAGGCAGAGGUCAGAUCAUUUCUAAUAUCAAUGCAUGCAUUGCUAUUCAAGAAACUUUAAAGCCAACUCUAGGUCCAUUAGGUUCUGAUAUUUUAAUCGUCUCGUCUAAUCAAAAAACUACUAUUUCAAACGAUGGUGCCACGAUUUUGAAGCUAUUGGAUGUUGUCCAUCCAGCUGCGAAGACUCUGGUGGAUAUUUCAAGAGCACAAGAUGCUGAAGUCGGUGAUGGUACAACAAGUGUGACCAUCUUAGCAGGUGAAUUGAUGAAAGAAGCAAAGCCAUUUUUAGAAGAAGGAAUUUCUUCCCAUAUAAUUAUGAAAGGUUAUAGAAAAGCUGUUCAGUUAGCUACUGCUAAGAUAAACGAGUUAGCUGUUGAUAUCACUUCGAAUAACACAGACAGCAGAGAAUUAUUGGAAAGAUGUGCUAGAACUGCAAUGACCUCCAAGUUAAUUUAUAGUAAUGCUGAUUUUUUUGUUAAAAUGGUUGUCGACGCUGUUUUAUCACUAAACAGAGAUGAACUAGAUGAAAAAUUAAUUGGUAUUAAGAAAAUCGCCGGUGGUGCUAUGGAAGAAUCCAUGUUCAUUGACGGUGUUGCAUUCCAAAAGACUUUCUCAUACGCUGGUUUUGAACAACAGCCAAAGAGAUUCACCGAUCCAAAAGUCGUUUGUUUAAAUGUCGAAUUAGAAUUAAAAGCUGAAAAGGAUAACGCUGAGGUACGUGUUGAACAUGUGGAAGAUUAUCAAUCUAUAGUAGAUGCCGAAUGGCAAAUUAUCCUAGAUAAAUUAAAGCAAAUUGAAGACACAGGUGCUAGUAUUGUGUUAUCUAAAUUACCUAUUGGCGAUUUAGCCACUCAAUAUUUUGCUGAUAGAAAUAUAUUCUGUGCUGGUAGAGUUAGUACCGAUGACAUGAUCCGUGUCAUAAAGGCUGUGGGUGGUUCAAUUCAAUCUACUACUACUGAAAUCCAACCAGAACAUUUAGGUACAUGUAAAUUAUUCGAAGAAAUUCAAAUUGGUUCAGAACGUUAUAAUUUAUUUAAGGGUUGUCCAAAAGCCAAAACUUGUACACUACUACUAAGAGGUGGUGCUGAGCAAGUUAUUGCUGAAGUUGAAAGAUCCUUACAUGAUGCCAUCAUGAUCGUCAAGAGAGCCUUACAAAACAAGUUCGUCGUCGCUGGUGGUGGUGCUAUAGAAAUGGAACUAUCAAAACAUUUAAGAGAUUAUUCAAAAACUAUUGCUGGUAAGCAACAAUUAAUGAUCAACGCAUUUGCUAAAGCUUUAGAAGUUAUUCCAAGACAAUUAUGUGAAAAUGCUGGUUUUGAUGCUAUCGAUAUAUUAAACCGUCUAAGAAUGGCACACAGUAACGGAGAAAAAUGGUGCGGUAUAAAUUUUGAAACAGAAGACAUCGAUGAUAAUUUUGCUAAGUUCGUAUGGGAGCCUGCUUUAGUUAAAAUCAAUGCUUUAGGCAGUGCAACCGAAGCUACAAAUUUAAUCUUAUCCAUUGAUGAAACAAUUAAGAAUCAAGAAAGUCAAUCUGCUAAUGCCGGUAUGAUGCCUCCUCAAGGCGCAGGUAGAGGUAGAGGUAUGCCAAUGCAAUAA